CCCUCCCUCUUGCUCUCUCUCACUCUCUCUCUUUUUCCCCCCCGUUCCUCAGACACUCACUAGUCACUGCCUGAAGCAGUAAUCGGACAACUCUCUUUCUCAAUAGGACCGAGUCUCCUGAGAUACCACGCGGGGCUCCAUGGGUUCCAACACCUAAAAUGAAAAAGAAAAAAGCAGUCUUGUAGUUUACAUUCGCUGUGCUACAGACUCCACCGAGAACUGUUUCAGAAAGUUCUGCUGUCCGUUUGGUUGCUGGACUGAAUGAUCUUUAUCUAGAAGACUUUUUUUUUUUCUUUUUUUAAAAAAAACAAAACAAGAAGACAUAAGAAGGGAUAAAAACACAGGGAUUCAACCAUAAUUGUAGUCUAUGGAAAUGCAGGAUCUAGCCAGUCCUCACAGCCGAGUAAGUGGUAGCAGUGAAUCUCCUAGUGGUCCUAACCUCGACAACUCGCACAUCAGUAACAAUUCCAUGACACCCAAUGGCACUGAAGGUGAUAACAUCACAAUGCUUACCACUGCAGACUGGUUGUUAGGUUCUAACUCUCAGUCGGCUGCAGUUAAAACAGAGCCAAUGAGCAGCAGCGAAAUCGCCUCCUCGGUAGCAGACACGUCGCUAGACAGCUUCUCAGGAUCAGCUAUUGGAACCAGUGGCUUCAGCCCAAGACAAACUCACCAGUUCUCUCCACAGAUUUACCCUUCCAACAGAACGUAUCCGCAUAUUCUUCCUACCCCUUCAUCCCAAAAUAUGGCUGCGUAUGGACAGACGCAGUACACCACAGGAAUGCAGCAGGCCGCAGCUUAUGCUAGCUACCCCCAGCCUGGCCAGCCCUAUGGCAUCCCAGCUUACGGUCCAUUGUGGGCAGGCAUAAAGACGGAGGGGGGUUUGAGCCAGUCCCAAUCCCCAGGACAAGCGGGCUUCCUAAGCUACAGCUCUGGCUUCACCACGCCACAGACGGGACAAGCCCCCUACAGCUACCAGAUGCAGGGUGGUACUUUCACAACAACGUCGGGGUUGUACGCGGGAAACAACUCCCUGACAAACUCGACCGGCUUCAACAGCACACAACAGGAGUACCCCAAUUAUCCCGCCUUUGGCCAGAGCCAGUACGCUCAGUAUUACAACAGCUCACCCUACACUUCGCCCUACAUGACGAGUAACAACACCAGCCCCAGCACGCCCUCCACCACCACCACCUACACCCUCCAGGAGCCACCUGCCGCCGUCACCAGCCAAGCCCUCACAGACAACCCCGCCGUUGAGUACAGUACCAUCCACAGUCCAUCAACCCCCAUUAAAGAUUCAGAUUCGGAUCGAUUGCGCCGGGCCUCGGAUGGAAAGUCACGUGGCCGUGGAAGAAGGAACAACAACCCAUCACCGCCGCCCGACUCUGACCUUGAGCGAGUUUUCAUCUGGGACCUGGAUGAAACAAUCAUCGUUUUCCAUUCCUUGCUCACGGGUUCUUAUGCCAACAGAUACGGACGGGAUCCACCGACAUCUGUAUCACUAGGCCUGAGGAUGGAAGAGAUGAUCUUCAACUUGGCCGACACACACUUAUUCUUCAACGACUUAGAGGAAUGUGACCAGGUUCACAUCGAUGACGUGUCCUCCGACGACAACGGUCAGGACCUAAGCACGUAUAACUUCAGCGCCGACGGCUUCCAUGCGGCGGCCACCAGUGCCAACCUGUGUCUGGCCACGGGCGUGCGCGGAGGCGUGGACUGGAUGAGAAAGCUGGCCUUCCGCUACAGACGAGUAAAAGAAAUCUACACCACCUACAAAAAUAACGUCGGAGGUCUGCUGGGCCCGGCCAAAAGGGAAGCCUGGUUGCAAUUGCGAGCAGAAAUUGAAGCCUUGACGGACUCCUGGUUAACACUGGCACUGAAAGCACUAACAUUAAUCCACUCAAGGUCAAACUGUGUGAAUAUCCUGGUGACCACCACGCAGCUCAUCCCUGCCCUGGCUAAGGUCCUGCUCUACGGCCUGGGAAUCGUCUUUCCCAUCGAGAAUAUUUAUAGUGCAACCAAAAUAGGGAAGGAGAGCUGCUUCGAGAGAGUAAUUCAGAGGUUCGGGAGGAAAGUUGUUUACAUUGUUGUUGGAGAUGGAGUGGAAGAGGAGCAAGGCUCAAAAAAGCACAACAUGCCCUUCUGGAGGAUCUCCAGCCAUUCAGACCUCAUGGCCCUCCACCACGCUCUAGACCUGGAAUACUUGUAGCACUACACCACCACCGUCGGGACGCCCUGCUCCGCCUCAGCGCACCACGCAACCUUUCACCUUCGCCCUCCAGCCCCGUCCCACGCUUGCCGCACAGACCCCGCGCCUCUGGGAAAAAAAAAAAGAAAAGAAGAAGAAGAAGAAGUAGAAGAAGAAGAAGAAGCCCCACCUCCAACCCCCUUGUGCUGCCUGGCGUCUGUCUUUCACUACAUGCGAAGAAAAGAAGAGAAAAAAGAAGGCAGAGCACGCGGUUAAUGUGCUGACAUACGGUCACACAUCGUCUUAACCCUUUUUUUUUUUUUUUUUUUUCUGCGAGGCGAAGGAGAGAGAGAGAGAGAGUGGUGAAUUUACGGCGCUGCAGCUGCUCGCCCUGGUUACUGUGAAUCGGCCGCUCUCCGGAGCUGUCAGAGUGUUUUACGGCCUCCUGUUUGUGCCGGGGACUCCAUCAGGGUUCACACCUGCGGAGGAGAGCCGAGCUACUGAAGGCCUGGCCUGCCUCGCCCCCCCACCUCGCCCCCCACACCUCGCCCCCCCCACCUCGCCACGAAAAAAAAAAACUCAGCUACAGUAGAUCACGGGCCCACGACUACUGCUGGUGACGUUUCUCCAUCCCUUCAGCUCUUCACACGCCCCCACCCUCCACCCUCCACCCCUCCACCCUCUCAUUUCUGUUCCUCAUCUGUUUACAUACGUUACAGUCUCACCUCCAUCGCGGGACAGACACACAAAGCAGCGACUGCUCCUCUGUUAAGCGCCGGGCCUGGGAGGCUCCUGCGCUCCUUUAUUUAUGAACAGAGACUUUGUGAGCGGCCGCCGAGAAGGUACCUCCACGACAAAAAGACUCGUGCCUUUUACAAAGUACUAUUGAUUUCCGACGCAGCGAGAGGAACACGUUCAUGGAAGACGGAUAAAAAAAGAGAAAAAAAAAGAAAAAAAAGGGGGUUUUCUAAUAAUUUAAGAAAAUUAACAAAAAACUUUAUUUACAAUGCUGAGACAAUCGUGUACAGAGGAAAUCUUUUUUUUUUUGUGUGUGUGUAAGUUUGUAAUCACUGGACUAUUCCUUCCUAUAUUCAUUUAGGUACAUGCUCUUGAAAGGUGGCAAUGCUUUUUUUUUUUUUUUUUUUUUUUCAUUGAAGUAAAGAAAAAAAUAAAUAAAUGAAAAGGCAUCCCAUCGCACAUAAGCUGGUGCGGCGACGCCUGAACGUGUUGAUGUGUUUCGAGUUAUAAACAAAUAUGUAGAUAAUGGGAUUUUGUGAUAAAUUGUUUUGUCAAGACCAAAAGCAUGGAUGUCAAGUGUCAAGGACCUUUUCUGUUUUCUGAUUCUGUGAUGUUUCUCGUCCUCACCGGAAACUGCAGUCACAUCUUUAUAUAGAAUAACAAGCCUCCUCUACUAUAAGUCCUUUUUGGACACACAUUUCAAAGGGAAAUUAUUAUUAUUUUUUUUUUGUUAUUCAAAAAGGUAGCUCACAACUUGUGUCCUUGUGGCAUUUCACCAGCUUGCAGCCCUGACCCCGUACAUUUCAAACUUAAUUCUGACGAGUUUUAGCGAAAGGCGACUUCCUGCCUCCACAAAUUUGAAUAAAAUCCGACAUUUAAAAAAAAACUAAAUGAAUAAAAUAAAAGCAGGCUUGAAUAGGUUUUAUUAUCUUUUAUACAAGCACUAUAACAACUCUUGUACAGCAAGCGUAAUUUUGUAUGAUGUAGUGUUUUUAUUUCGACUUUGGAAAUAUAUUCUGUGUCCCACUUUGAAGUAGCCGAAAUACACACGAAGCCCUCCUCCGUGGUGCUCCUGCAUCUGUGGACGGGGGAAACCAUAAUUAGCGCUGAGAGAAAAGCCACUAACGUCGAGGGGUUUGUGAACGUACAGGACAUGUGCUAUCGACUGUGAAUUUCUUAAAACGGGGGCCGACGUUUGUCGCGCCUCCGAUUUUCUUUCCCUCCUUUGCACAUGAUCACUGUCGGCCUUUGCGUUUCGAUUCAGAUCUGCCCCCACCUCCCCUCCACCCCCUUCCAUCUUCCCUAAAACAACACCCCACCCCCCGUCCCCUCCCAACCUGCGCUCCGGGGUACCUACAUAUUGCUGCUAGAUCAAGGUAAUGGUAGCUAAAUAGAGGAAAUGUUUUAUAGAUUCAUACAGCACGCUUUUUUUAUUAUGUUGCAGUCAUAAAUGCAAACUGGAAAUACUUUACAGUACAUGGGCCUCAUUGUGAAAAACGCAAAAGAUUGUCGUGUCUGCAAAAUAUGUGUACAGAUGUUUUUGACAUUAUUAUUUGAUUGUGUUUAAAUUAAUAAAACUGAUUUGUGAACUGUUA